CGCCACACGCACGCCGGCGCGCGCCCGCCCGCCCGGUUUGUCGCUAUAAAGGGAAGGCGGGCUGCGCAGUGUCCAAGUUGUAUUCGCGGCGUUGCAUCCAGUUCCAUCGGUUCUUACAGUCGCUUGUCAGACCUCAGCCGCCAAAAUGGUGAAGCAGAUUGAGAAUAAGGAGGCUUUCCAGGAAGCCUUGAACAGUGCAGGAGAUAAACUUGUGGUAGUUGACUUCUCAGCCACGUGGUGUGGGCCUUGCAAAAUGAUCAAGCCUUUCUUUCAUUCUCUCUCUGAAAAGUACACCAACGUGCUGUUCCUCGAGGUGGAUGUGGAUGACUGUCAGGAUAUUGCUGCAGAGUGUGAAGUCAAAUGUAUGCCAACCUUCCAGUUUUUUAAAAAAGGACAAAAGGUGGGUGAAUUUUCCGGAGCUAAUAAGGAAAAACUUGAAGCCACCAUCAAUGAAUUAGUUUAAUCAUGUUUUCUGAAAACAUAAGCAGCCAUCAGCUCUUGUAAUUUUUUUUAUUUACAAAAAAGAACGAUCAAGUAUAGAUACUAUAAUACUCAACUGCCAUCUGAUAAAUGACAAUAAAAUAUUAAUUCUACCCUUUUUAAAA